UAGAGUUCUGAAUUUUGGAAGACGUUGAAUCAGUAAGAUUUUACUUCGCUUGGGAUCACCAUCGAGAUGCAGCGCCCCAGCAUCGGAGCCUCACAUUUGGCCAGCACCGGGCUCAUUUUACUGGUGCUGCUGAUGACGCAAUUGACGACAGCAGUUCCUCAACAACGGAGAGCUGGAAAUAAGCAAAGGGGAACGACAACUAGAGCCCCCCCCACCACUCCAAGAGCACGUAAUAUACAAUUUUGCCUAUUGCUCUUAAGAUUAAGUGCUAUGUUAUGACUAUACUGUAUGUACUGAAUUCGGCAGUGACUCCAACUGAGAAGUUGAAUGCGGCCGACACCAAGAUGGGAGGAAUCGAUAAAGGGAUAGAGAAUUUCAAGAUUGUGAUUGGCGGAAAAUUUGAUUGGGAACAUCUUCUCGCACCUGCGCCACUCAGUAUCUCCGUUCUCGGCGACCUGAUGAUUCUCUCCAACGUGGCUCAAGAUUUCUCACUGGAAAAGGGUCGCCCGGCAGAUGGAUUUAAAUACAUGAAGUGGCCCAAGAGCUUCCGCGCCACUCUGGUACAGAUCAGCAACACGGGCUACACUACGUUUCUCAAGGCCCACACAAAUAUGGACCAGAUACGGUUGCACACCAUGGCCAUUCCGGCUCAAAUGAAGCAGGCAACAAGUAUCCUGUUCUCCAAGAACCCUGUAGUAAUCGAGAAAUUUCUGGAACUUCCUCUUGAGCGCGUUCUGGCCUCCAGCAACAGUUGCGUCACAUUGUCGCAGGAGGUGGUCGACGGCUUUGAGAAACUGAUCGAUUUGACGAUGGAAGUCAUCGCCGUUUCGACAGCCACCAAGGGCAUAUCACAAGUGGAACAAGAAAAAAUCAAUCGACAGGUAGCUAUAGCUAACUUCACUUUAGUCGAAAAGGAAAAGCUAAAGCGUCGAAUCGAACAAGAGCACGAGAAUAUGGUAGAGUUCGUAGAGAAAAACCAAAAAAUCUUCGAAAAAUCCUUAGAAGAGGUGCCUGGCACUUUAGAAGUUUUAGGUCUGAAUAUUCUCAGUUUCUAUUCAAAUUUUUUUUUAAGUUUAUUUGCAUCCACAUCAGUGACCGAUAAAGGUUCAUAUUCGGAUUCACCAUCGGGACAAAACGGCAACGCCGGCAACUUGAUUGAGAAGGUUGGAAGGAGCAGCUAUUCAGCAGAGGACAUCCAAUGUUUGAUAAAGACGGCAAACGUUCCAGACUGCAUCAGCACCAUAAGAGAGCUAGUAAAGCGUCUCGACAAAAGAGAAGACUUUGAAUCGUUGAAUUUAGCCGGGACGGGCGGAUUCAAUACAACAACAGAUUUAAAACCACUUAAAGAUAUUACUUGGAACCAUCAAUGUUCUCCGAUUGUGAACAGUGUUACCCUUGUCGAUAGUUUGGUACAAGCACUGCAACAACAUUUAAGUGAGAUAUCUUUGAAAAGGACUGAGGACAUCGUCAAGAAGACAAACCUGACAAAUACUACGCUAAAGACAAAAGAAAUUACAAGUGCAAAUAAUACUAAACCAGAUUCUUCGAAAGAAAUUGCUACCAAACUAUUGAAAGAGACGAACCUGACAAAUACUACGCUAAAGACAAAAGAAAUUCCAAGUGCAAAUAAUACUAAACCAGUUUCUUCGAAAGAAACUGCUAUCAAACUAUUGGACGAACUGAAAGCGUUGAUUAUCUGGAUGCAAAAGAAAACUUUGGAAGGUAAAGAGCCGAUCCAGAGUAGGAGCCCACUAUCUCCGCCCAUACCGCCCGUAUCUGGAUUUGCAGGCAACAACGCGUUGAUCACAGCCCGUUUCAAGGUAGCGCAAGCAAUCGAGGUGUUGAGGCAAGCACGGGAAAGCGCCGAAAGUACUCGAGCACAGAUGAUCCAAGUCAACAACGAGUACAUUCAGUACAUGGAAAAAGCCCAAAGGCUUCAAAUCGAAAAGGUGUCGUACGACGAAAUCAUCAAAAUGCUGUCGGAAGGCCUACAACUUCUCAGCGAACUCAAGCAGCACUGGGCCAAGCUCAAUGAAUUUUUCCUCAUUAUCAACAAUUUGGUCAAAGUCACGAUGAACAGUGAGUUGAACAGUUUUGUCAAGCAAUUGAAAAAGAACAGUGACGUGAAAAUCUUGACUGACGAUGUGAGCCUCCAGUUCACUGCCAAUCUCAUCUUCGAGACAAUCAUGAAAGCCAAUCAGGCGAGCUUCUUUGUCUAUUCCAUGGCCAGUUUGUAUAUCAAAGUAUCUAACAACCACAUCAUGGACAGCUUGGCCAGUUUAGACACCAUGAUCAACAUGGAUCCACGGAAAUCCGACAUUAAGACAGCAAGGAAUAAUUUGCUGGCCAAAUGCAACAAAGACUCGGAUGAGAUAAUUAAAUUGGUCUCCGAAGAAAAGCAGAAAUUGAUUGAAUCAAUCGAUACGCGCGAGAGGGAAAUUGAAGAAUCCUAUGCUUUCCUUAAGGACAUUACUCUGCCAAAAACAGCGACAGAAUUCGAUAAAGAGAUGGACUCAGCUUUUGAAAUAACGAGCAAAUAAAUGGUUCCGUACGUUCUAUCAAUUAAUCUCCUACAAGCAUGAAUAUUAAAUAGGCUGAUGAAUAUUCCUUGAUCUAUUUGGAUUUCUCUUUAAAGAUGAUUAUUGUUCCCUUCAGUAGGACAGUAGGUUAUAUGAAUUAAUUUAGAAAUUUCCUAUUUGUCAUUGUCUAAGUGUAUAACUGUAUAUGCUGUAUACAAUACACAAAUAUUAGUGCAA